AUGAAAGCUACCGCCACCAGCAUCAUCUUCGCCCUGGCAGUUUUGAGUGCCAUUGCCCUUGCCAGUUGCGAUACUCAAUCCUGUGAACGCUCUGCGCAAUGCGGGGAUUUUCCAACUAGCGACUGUAACGCCGCCUUUAAUAAGAUAGCACUGACCAAGCGUUACUACGUCAACAACGGGAUGUCUGCAGCUGGGGUCUGCUCAGGGCACUGCUACAUCUAUGUCACUGGGCUGAACACUCUCAACUGCGACCUGUCUGGGCGAGAGAUGGUUGUGGCAUAUGAUGAAUUGAGGAACCGAAACUGUCGUAAGUGCGGCGUCAAAACGUAUGGUGAUGGUUGCCAGUUCAAGAUAGACUACACCAACUCCUGCUGA